CCGAGGAUAUCGAAACGUCGUACAAAUGUCUAAUGUUUGUAAAUAAUGUAGACGAAGAGCAGUAGACUUCAGUGAACAGUUCAAAAUGUCGAAAGCUGCUGGUAGGCUGAAGAGCUUGCGUAAAGCCGUUGACAAGGUGCAACAUGGAAAUAAAAUUCGAACCAAUAUCCCAGCAGGAAUGGCAGUUGCCGGUCCUCCGUUAGGACCAAUGCUUGGGCAGCAUGGAAUCAAUAUUGCAGCUUUUUGCAAGGAUUUCAAUGAAAGAACAAAGGAUUUAAAAGAGGGAAUACCUCUUCCAUGUAGAAUUACAGUUAAUGCUGAUAGGAGUUAUCAGCUUAUUAUGCAUAAGCCACCUGCUACAUUUUUCCUAAAACAAGCUGCUGGUAUACAAAGGGGUGCUAUGGAACCAGGAAAAGAAAUAUCAGGAAAAAUAACACUAAAGCAUUUGUAUGAAAUAGCAAAAAUCAAAUCAGAAGAUCCUCCUUUGGCAUGUUACACUUUAGAACAAAUAUGUAUAAUGUUGGUAGGUGUUGCAAGAUCAUGUGGCAUUGAAAUAACAAGAUAUAUUGACUCAGUUGAAUAUGGUGAAUUUUUGGAAGAAAGGAGAGAAGUUGUUGAACAACAGAAGAAAGAACUUCAAGAGAAAAAGGAAGCUCGGAUGUUAAGAACAGGCUAAUCACUCUCUCUUUGUAUCUUCCUUUGUUGUGUAGUUGUAAAAAGAAAGUUUACUGUUAUUAAAAACAGAAGAGAUA